CCUUCACCACUUCUUCGCUACUUGGCCUAUUUCGCCGAGCUCCCCGGAAAAACGAAGUCGUCGCGGCCAUGGCGACCCCCCGCAUCUCGCCGCGCAAAACCCUCGCCCUCCUUGCGCUCGUCGCCGCCGCCUUCGCCUUCGCCUUCCACGCCCCGGCGUUCGCCGACGGCGACGACGUCGUGGCCCUCACGGAGUCCACCUUCGAGAAGGAGGUCGGCCAGGACCGCGGCGCCCUCGUCGAGUUCUACGCGCCCUGGUGUGGUCACUGCAAGAAGCUUGCCCCUGAGUAUGAAAAGCUUGGUGCAAGUUUCAAGAAAGCCAAAUCUGUCUUGAUUGCAAAGGUUGAUUGCAAUGAGCACAAGAGUGUGUGCAGCAAGUAUGGAGUUUCUGGGUACCCAACAAUCCAAUGGUUCCCUAAGGGAUCCCUGGAGCCCAAAAAGUAUGAAGGACAACGCACUGCAGAGGCCCUCACUGAAUUUGUUAACACUGAAGGAGGCACUAAUGUAAAGCUGGCGGCCGUUCCUUCAAGUGUCGUAGUGCUUGGACAAGACAACUUUGACUCAGUUGUUCUUGAUGAAAGCAAAGAUGUUCUUGUUGAGUUCUAUGCACCAUGGUGUGGCCACUGCAAGCAUCUUGCACCGACAUAUGAGAAGCUGGCUUCUGUUUAUAAGAUGGACGAGGGAGUUGUUAUUGCUAACCUUGAUGCUGACAAACACAAAGACUUGGCUCAAAAAUAUGAAGUUUCUGGCUAUCCUACGUUGAAGUUCUUCCCAAAGGCAAACAAAGCUGGUGAGGAUUAUGAUGGAGGCAGGGAGUUGGAUGACUUUGUCAAGUUCAUUAAUGAGAAGUGUGGUACCAGCCGUGAUACAAAGGGCCAACUUACUUCAGAGGCUGGGCGUGUAGCAGGUUUGGAUGCUUUGGCAAAGGAAUUCCUCAGUGCUGCCAAUGACAAGCGGAAGGAGGUCCUUUCCAGUAUAGAAGAGGAGGCUGCAAAGCUCAGUGGCUCUGCUGCAAAGCAUGGAAAGGUCUACGUUGCCAUUGCAAAGAAAAUCCUGGACAAGGGCCAUGACUAUACCAAGAAGGAAACCGAUAGGCUUCAACGCAUGUUGGAGAAGUCCAUCAGCCCUUCAAAGGCCGACGAAUUCAUCAUCAAGAAGAAUGUUCUUUCAACCUUCUCUUCUUAAGGCGACACCAAGCUCCAUCCUGAAUAUUGCAAGAGGAAAAAAGGAAAGAAAGAUUUCUCACCUUUGCAAUACAGGCGAAAGGAAAAAUAUAUAUGAAAGAUUAGGAACGUGUUAUAGAGAGGCCGUUGGUGGUAGAACUAACUUUGUGGGUUUCCCUUGCGCAUACUUGAAUGCUUGUAUCCUAUUGCCUGGCGCAGACGUUUUUAUUCUUUGCCCGUGGUUACAUGGAUUCAGUCUGCAGUACAAUAGUAGCACAGUACUGUCAGGCGGAGAAAGAGAGAUGAUAAUCUUGUGACGACAUUGAAUUUGUGUCUGAUAAAUAAAAAUACCCUCAUGGGUCUGAAGCGAUUGAAAGCUGAAUGCAGCAAGUGAUUUUUUUUUU